UUUGGGGAGAAAACGGACAACUGCUAGAGAAAGGACUGCUGUGAAAACACACGGUGUGCCCAGAUGAGAGUUUUGUGGUCGAAGGAGACUCCGCUGAACACAGAGGAGAAACACACGCUGAAGGAAAAUGUCUUCAGUUCCUGACGGGAAGAAACUCAUCCGUAGUUCCAGCGGCCUUCGCAUGGUUCCGGAAAACGGCGCCUUUAGCAGUCCUUUCUCUCUGGACGAGCCGCAGUGGGUCCCGGACAAAGAGUGCCCCAGAUGUAUGCAGUGCGACACCAAGUUCGACUUCAUCAAAAGAAAGCACCACUGCCGGCGGUGCGGCCGGUGUUUCUGUGAUAAAUGCUGCAGUAAGAAAGUGGCGCUGCAACGCAUGUGUUUUGUUGAUCCGGUGCGGCAGUGCGCCGAGUGCAGCCUGGUCUCCCAGAAAGAGAUGGAGUUUUACGACAAGCAGCUCAAAGUGCUUCUGGGAGGAGGCACCUUCGUUGUCACUUUGGGAACGUCGGAGAAGUCUGAAACCAUGACGUGUCGCCUCUCCAACAAUCACAGGUUAGCUCUUCUUUAAGUCCGCACAUACUUGACAUACCAAAUAUUUACUUUACCUGAAUUACAAAAAGCUACCUGUCACAUCUGGCCAUCUGAACAGGAUCAAAUCUUCAUUUUUUAAUAUAUGUGUAUGUGUGUGUGUGUGUGUGUAGGAGGGUCAAGAGCCAGUGGAAUGCUACUCCAUUACAAGCCAAUGGGCUCUCAGGAUGUCCAGCAGCUCCGCAUGGAGGCAGCAGAUGAUAAGAAGGUGGCUUCAUUAUGGUUGUCUGGAAUGCACAAGGCAGCCAAACUGCUGUACGAAGCUCGAGACCAGUGAGGACCAGAAGCGAAGCUCCAGGCAGCACACACCCAAGUGUUUUGUACCCAUCUCAGUCGGGUUUGGUGCCCUUUGGAUAUUAUUAACGCCACUUCCUCUUCUGCUUAUCUGUCCGAUUCCUCAUUGGUUCUUGAUACCAGUUCCAUUCAUGGUAAUUUUUGCAAAUGUUUGUAUGAAAAAUGACUUUUAUUACCUCUAUAACCAGUACUUUGUACAUAAUGUUUACCACAAGUACGCUGCUUGGACCUAUUUUUAAAUUUUAAUUUUCUUUUAAAAGAAAUUAUUUGACGUUGACUUCAUUUAAUCCUCUUUUGUGUUAAUUCAUAAAUCAGGGCAUGCAGCAUUAAUGUUUCGACUCAAAAAAUAUAACAAGAAGAAGAAGGUUUGCUCUUUUUUGCCAAUUUAAAAUUAUUUAUAGAAUUCAUUAGAUUUUAAUUUUAUUUUUGAAAACAUUAAACAUGUCACAAAUGAGGCAUUGCACCUUUUUUAUAAACCAUCUUCCAUGGUUGAAUUAUGGUGACACUAUAACUUUGUUAUGCUGCUACAAGAGAAGUGAUGAAGUGUGUCUUUGCAGGUUUACUAGGUCACCUUAACAGAGCCAAGCAGGGACUUGGUCAUUGAACUGUCCACAGUAGCCAGAUCUUCCACACAGAGCGUCAUCACAAGUAGUGUGAAGGACAAAUCCACCCUGAAAUCCUUUAUCGCAGACAGAAAAGCAGCUUUCUGUGAUCUUACUGGCACUUCAGGAUUCAGCUGUGCUUCAUUUAAUCUCAUAAUAAGAAAAGGUGUGAACAAACACAGUUGUUCCUGAAAUGCCAAUAACAUCACAGACUUGCAUCCAGUUUAUAUGAAAGUAACAUUACAUGGUGGAUUUUUCCUUCAGUUCCGUUUAAAUGUUGAAAGUUUAGGUGAAAUCUUCUUUUUCAGUUAUUAACUGCUUCGAAUAUUCACAGUCGUACAUCUUUAGGCCUUUUUGUCU